AUGUUAUUAUUGACUCAGUACUGGUCCCUGUGUAAAACCCUGAAUAUCCAGGAUGUUGGGAUGAUGCCAAUGGGAGCCAUGACUGCAGCAGCAUCACCUGCAGCUCUGGCAGUGGAAGAGGACGCGGCACCAGUCAAGAAAGAGAAGACACACUUCACAGUAAAACUGACAGAACUAAAGGCAGCAGAGAAAGUGAAACUCAUAAAAGAAGUGAAGAACUGCAUCCAAGGAUUGAACCUGGUGCAGGUCAGAUGGUCUGUUUGUCUCUGUGUGAUGUCACAGCCAUCCAAGGCUUGAACCUGGUGCAGGUCAGAUGGUCUGUUUGUCUCUGUGUGAUGUCACAGCCAUCCAAGGAUUGAACCUGGUGCAGGUCAGAUGGUCUGUUGGUCUCUGAUGUCACAGCCAUCCAAGGCUUGAACCUGGUACAGGUCAGAUGGUCUGUUUGUCUCUGUGUGAUGUCACAGCCAUCCAAGGAUUGAACCUGGUGCAGGUCAGAUGGUCUGUUUGUCUCUGUGUGAUGUCACAGCCAUCCAAGGAUUGAACCUGGUGCAGGUCAGAUGGUCUGUUUGUCUCUGUGUGAUGUCACAGCCAGACGAGGAUUCUUCAGUUCUUUCCUGUCUCUGUAAUCAUUUGUCCUUUCCAUCUGUGACCACACAUGUUCCAGUGUCCAGGCUUAUAGGACACUCAGUCAAAUCAGUCUGAGACAUAGGAAAGCUCUGGGUUGGAGGCCUUUCACUCUGUGGUACUGCUCUCUGUAUGUAUAUAGUAGGUUAAUAUAGAAGUUGGAGACCUUUCACUCUGUGGUACUGCUCUCUGUAUGUAUAUAGUAGGUUAAUAUAGAAGUUGGAGGCCUUUCACUCUGUGGUACUGCU